AUGCAAUCAUUGUUUGAGAAAUCAGCAAGGUUGGUGGCCUUGACUGAUGUGGCGCAGAAUGUCUUGUCGAAGACCCUGCCACAGGGUUACGUCGCCCGCUCGCUUGAAUCGCGCGUGGUUUACCUGGAAGCCCGUCUUCAAGAAUCACUUCCAGACAUAUCUUUAAGAGAAAAUGAUCAGCAUGAGCUCACGAGUAUCGAGCCCAUUCCUCCAUUUGUUCCAGUGACCUCGGUCCAGACGUCGGAAGCUUUAGCCUCCACCCAAUUACGGGACUCACAGGGAGCAUACACGAAUUCUUCACAUACGCAUGGAGCAUCACUCUCAAUUCUAAAGGAUGACGCUGGGAAAGUCGACCAUCUCUCUUCUGAAGUUGCCCUGCUGUGUCUCAAUGCCGCAGGUGGUGAGCCCCACUAUUUCGGUCCUUCGUCAGCGGUCUCAUUCUCGAGGAUCAUCAGUGCAACAAUGGGCCUCAAAAGCGAGCAAUCAUUAUCGUCACCACGUCAUCUUGAAGACCUAGAAGAGAUUCCUUCUGAUAUACGUCCAGAUAGGACACCACGACUACCACCACCGAGUGUUUCAGCUAAUCUAUCACGGGCCUAUUUCGAUAAUAUUCAUCCGCAGUACCCUUUUCUACAUCGACCGACAUUCUGCGAAUGGGAACAAAAUGUUCGCGAAGCCAGUCAGUCAGUACAAAAGUCUGCCGCCAUUGAGGCUCCACUAUUCUUCACCCUUAUGGUAUGA